AUGGACUCUUCCGAAUUCCGUGCCGCGGCCCAAGAGGUCGUGGAAGACAUCACAAAAUACUACGACACAAUCGCCUCCCAGGAGAAAGUUCUCCCCUCCGUAACCCCGGGCUACCUCCGCCCCCUCCUCCCGCCCUCCGCCCCGGAGGCACCGGAGUCAUGGGCCGACAUCCACGCCGACCUGCAAUCCCACAUCGUCCCGGGCAUCACCCAUUGGCAAUCCCCUUCAUUCCACGCCUUCUUCCCCUGCUCCUCCUCCUACCCGGCCAUGCUCGCCGAGCUCUACUCCAACGCCUUCAACGGCGCCCACUUCAACUGGAUCUGCUCCCCCGCCGUCACUGAGCUGGAGACCAUCGUCCUCGACUGGCUCGCCCAGCUCUUGGCCCUCCCCGCGUGCUACCUUUCCACCGCCCCGACCCGCGGAGGCGGCGUCCUCCACGGAACCGCCUCCGAGGCCAUCCUGACCGUCAUGGUCGCCGCCCGAGACAAGUUCCUCCGCGAAGCAACCGCCCACCUCCCCGCGGACUCGGAGGAGAAGGAGGAGGAGACCUGGCGCCUGCGCUCCAAGCUCGUCGCGCUCGGCUCCGAGGCAGCCCACUCGUCCACCAAGAAGGCCGCCCAAGUCCUCGGCGUGCGUUUCGCCACCGUCCCGGCCCCGGCCUCCGCCGGCUACGCCAUGUCCGGCCCCGCACUGCAAUCCACCGUCGCCGCCCUCCGCGCCAAGGGCCUCGAGCCCUUCUACCUCACCGCCACCCUCGGCACCACCGACACCUGCGCCAUCGACGACUUCCCCGGCAUCCGCGACGUGCUCUCCGCGGACGGCGACGGCGACGACAAGAUCUGGGUACACGUCGACGCGGCCUACGCCGGCUCCGCCCUCAUGCUCCCGGAGAACCAGCACCACACGGCAUCCUUCGAGGCCUUCCACUCCUUCAACGUGAACCCGCACAAGUGGAUGCUCACAAACUUCGACUGCUCCGCCCUCUGGGUCCGCGACCGCGCGUGGCUCGUCGAGUCGCUGAGCAUCAAGCCCGCCUACCUGCGCAACCAGUUCUCCGAGGCCGGCCUCGUCACGGACUACCGAGACUGGCAGAUCCCGCUCGGCAGGCGCUUCAGGAGUCUGAAGCUGUGGUUCGUGCUGCGCGCCUACGGCGCCAGCGGCAUCCGCGCGCACCUGACGAGGGGCAUCAAGCAAGGCGAGAACUUCGCCGAGAUGCUCCAGGGCCGCCCCGACCUGUUUGAGAUCAUCACGGGGCCCAGGUUCGCGCUGGUGGUGUUCGAGUGCGUCGGCAAACAGGGCGCGAGCAGGGAGGAGCGGAACAAGAUCACCGAGGCCGUCUUGGAGGAGAUCAACGGCAAGGGCGAGAUUUACCUCACGCCCACGGUGCUUCACGGCACGUACGGUAUUCGGUUGUGCACAGGUAGCAGUCAGGUUAUUGAGGAGGUGCAUGUUAAGAAGGCGUUCGACAUUCUGGUCGCGGCGACCGAAAGGCAACUUGCUGGACAACAAUAG